GAAGUACUAAAGUGCCUUAAAAACUUUGCGCCGGGCACCUUGAACAAGGAGGCAUUGGCGUUUGUUUCUCUGUGUGUGAGGGCACCACCAACUCUCUUGCUCUUGCAGUGCUGUAGUGUCCAUCCACAGGGUCAAGCACAGCAACAGCACUACAGCAACGGCAGGCACCACCGUGCGUGCAGGGCUCCCUCUCCUGCUCCAGAAUGGAUGGAAUCCAUUCCAAUCCAGGGCCUCUUGUUUUGGCAAUAGACAAGGAACUAGGGGAUUGCCAGCCCGCCCGCUAGCUUCUUCCUUGCUCGAUUCUUCUUCUUCUUCUUCUUCUUCUUCAUUCACUGGUCACUGGUGGUGGUGCACUCAAUUCACCCAAGUUUUCUUUUUAUCCCAUCCCGUCGGUGCUCGCUUGUUCCUUCCUUCCUUCCCCCAAAAUCGUAUCUUUGUUGUGUCGCCAUGGCCGCAGUCGGGGGGCCGCCAGCCAUAAGCCGCCAUAGGCCAUAGCCCUCACCUGCUGGCUGCUGCUGCUUGCCUUGGGGCUUCACCACAGCAGAGCAGAGCAGAGCAGAGCAGGGGAGGAGAGGAGAAGCACAAGGAGAUGGCCUGUUCCUGUUCCUCGUCCUCGUCCUCCUCUUACUCCUCCUCCUCCACCACCGCCAGCACCACCAGCAGGAGGAGGACUAGUCUGCUCCUCCGGCUGCUCUGCCUCUGCGCCGUCCUGCCAGUCGCGCUGCCGGCGGCGGCGCGCCCGCCCAGCGUCACCAUCGGCGCCCUCUUCACCUUCGACUCCGUCAUCGGAAGGUCCGCCAGGACCGCCAUCCAGCUCGCCGUCGACGACGUCAACCGCGACCCAACCGUUCUCAGCGGCACCAACCUCAGCGUCGUCUUCCAGGACACCAAGUGCAGCGGAUUCGUCGGCACAAUCCAAGCCUUGGAGCUGAUGGAGAGGCAGGUGGUGGCCGUGGUGGGCCCGCAGUCCUCGGGCAUCGCGCACGUCGUCUCCCACGUGGCCAACCAGCUGCGCGUCCCGCUGCUCUCCUUCGCCGCCACCGACCCGGCGCUCGCCUCCAAACAGUACCCUUACUUCGUCCGCGCCGCGCACGACGACAGCUUCCAGAUGGCCGCCGUCGCCGACGUCGUCGCGCACCACGGCUGGCGCGAGGUCACGGCAGUCUACGUCGACAACGACUACGGCCGCGGCGGCGUCGUCGCGCUCGGCGACGCGCUCGAGGCCCUGCGUGCCAGGGUCUCCUAUAAGGCCGCGUUCCCGCCGGGCGCCGACCGCGCCGCUAUCGCCGACCUCCUCGUGCGCGCCAGCAUGAUGGAGUCGCGCGUCUUCGUCGUCCACGCCACCCCGGACUCUGGCCUCGACGUCUUCGCCGCCGCGAGGUCGCUCAACAUGAUGGUAGCCGGGUACGUCUGGAUCGCCACCGACUGGCUCGCAGCCGCCGCCAUCGAUAGUGCUGGUGCCGGUGCCGCUGCCAUGUCCGAUAUGCUACAGGGCGUCCUCACGCUGCGCCAGUACACCCCGGACUCGGACGCCAAGGCGUCGCUCGUCUCCAGGUUCGCCGCCGACGCCAAAUCGUCCAGCAAUGCCAUCAACGCGUACGGCCUCUUCGCCUACGACUCCGUCUGGAUGGCUGCGCGCGCCAUCGACCAGUUCCUCAGCGACGCCGGCGGUGCCAACGUAUCCUUCUCGGCCGACCCCAACAUCCGCGACGCCAACGGCAGCGCGCUGGGCCUCAGCGCGCUCAAGGUGUUCGACCAGGGCGAGCAGCUGCUGCGGAAGGUCAUGCUCGCCAACUUCACCGGCGUCACGGGCAGCGUGCGGUUCCAGUUCGACGCCGAUGGGACUGGGACGCUCAUCAACCCCGCCUACGAGAUCCUCAACGUCGGUGGCACGGGCGUCCGCCGGGUCGCCUACUGGUCCAACUACACGCGCCUGUCGGUGGCGGCGCCCAGGCUGCGCGCCGACGGCGGGCCACCGCCCGACUCAAGCACGACGACCCUGCAGCAGCAGCAGCAGAUGUACAGCGUCAUCUGGCCCGGUGACACCACGGCCAAGCCGCGCGGCUGGGUGUUCCCCAACAACGGGAAGCCGCUGCGGAUCGGCGUGCCGUACCGGACGACGUACAAGCAGUUCGUGUCCAUGGACCGAUCGAGCCCCGACGGCGUGAGCGGCUACUGCGUGGACGUGUUCAAUGCGGCGGUGGCGCUGCUCCCGUACCCUGUGCCGGCGUCGUUCGUCCUGCUGGGCGACGGCGUGAAGAACCCCAGCUACGACUCGCUGGUGCAGAAGGUGGCGGACGGCGUGUUGGACGCGGCGGUGGGCGACAUCUCGAUCGUGACGAACCGGACGCGGGUGGUGGACUUCACGCAGCCGUACGUGGAGUCCGGGCUGGUGAUCGUGUCCACGGUGAAGGCCAAGAGCUCCAACGAGUGGGCAUUCCUGAGGCCCUUCACGCCGGGGAUGUGGGCCAUCAUCGGCGCCUUCUUCCUCUUCGUCGGCGCCGUGGUGUGGAUCCUGGAGCACCGGUUCAACCCGGAGUUCCGGGGGUCGCCCAGGAAGCAGAUGGUCACCAUGUUCUGGUUCAGCUUCUCCACCAUGUUCUUCGCGCACAGAGAGAACACCGUGAGCACUCUUGGUCGCUUCGUGCUCAUCAUCUGGCUCUUCGUGGUGCUCAUCAUCAACUCCAGCUACACGGCCAGCCUGACGUCCAUCCUGACGGUGCAGCAGCUGUCGACGGGCAUCCAGGGCCUGGACAGCCUCCUCUCCAGCAACGACCCCAUCGGCUACCAGGUCGGCUCCUUCGCCCGGAGCUACAUGAUGGAGGAGCUGGGCGUCCCGGCGUCGCGCCUCCGGGAGCUGGCCAUCGACGACUACGCCGACAGCCUGCAGCGUGGCCCCAGCAACGGCGGCGUGGCGGCCAUCGUCGACGAGCUGCCGUACGUCGAGCUCUUCCUCUCCACCAACUGCCAGUUCAGGACGGUGGGGCAGGAGUUCACCAAGAGCGGAUGGGGAUUCGCGUUCCAGCGUGACUCCCCGCUGGCGGUGGACCUGUCGACGGCCAUCCUGACGCUGUCGGAGAACGGCGACCUGCAGCGGAUUCACGACAAGUGGCUCAACCCAGGGACGUGCGCGUCGCAGAGCACCGACAGCGUGGGCGCCGACAGGCUCAAUCUGAGCAGCUUCUGGGGACUCUUCCUCAUCUGCGGCGUCGCCUGCUUCAUCGCCCUGCUCAUCUACUUCGCCAGGAUACUCUGCCAGUUCUGCGAGUACCACGGGACCGCCGCCGCCGCCCAAGAGGACCCGUUCCCUGACCCGGAGAGGAGCAUGCGCCGGCCGGCCAGGCUCACCAGCAUCCGGGACCUCAUGUCCUUCGUGGACAUGAAGGAGGCCGAGGUCAAGAGGGCCAUCCGGAGCAGGUCCGACAGGCGGCUCGACGGGUCCAUGGGCGCCAGGAGCUACACCUCCGAAGGGCCGUCCUUGUCACGGCCGUCCUCCAUGUCGCCGGUGUAAUACGGCCGCGGGGCGGCGGCGUUCUUCUUCAAAGACACGAUUUUUGUCUGUGCUCUGACUUAGGUAGCUGCAGGCGGCGAUCUGAAAUUGACCAAACUGUACGUAUGCAUAAAUUGCGAUUAAACGAUUAUAUACCGGUUUUCAACACCUCAAGAUAGAAUCUGUAGGUGCUAGUAUGCAACGUAGCUGUAGAAUUACAUACAGGGACAUUAUUUAUGUACAAAAACUUGAAACUUGAGUGGACAGCUGAAGAUGAAAUGAGAAAUCUUUGCUAUACAUA